CAGCUCACAAAUUCUUACUUUAUGGAGAAGUCCGUGACUACUUCACUCUCUCAUUCUUGGAACGAAUUUGGAAAUGACAUUUGAUGACCUUAAGAGUAAGACCAUGAAGGAUCAACCUGACCAGAAGCCAAAUGGAGAGAAAGGCAAAGGUCUUCAUUUUCUUUCUUCUCGGUGCUGGUGCCUUGCUGCUGCGAUUCUAGGGAUCCUUUGCUUGGGAUUACUGGUGACUCUUAUAGUGCUGAUAAUGCGACUAUCACAGGCGUCUGAUCUCCUAAAGCAACAUCAAGCGAACCUUACUCACCAGGAAAUUAUACUGGAGGGACAGAUUUUAGCACAGCAGCAAGCACAAAAAGCUUCCCAGGAGUCAGAAAAGGAACUCAAGGAAAUGAUCAAAAACCUUACCCAGAAGCUGGAUGAAAAAUCAAAAAAACAGAUGGAACUUCAUCGCCAGAACCUGAAUCUCCAAGAAGCUCUGAGGAAAGCAACAAACUUUUCAGGUCCUUGUCCCCAAGACUGGCUCUGGCAUGAAGAAAACUGUUACCUAUACUCCUCUGGCCCAUUUAAUUGGGAAAAAAGUCAGAACUAUUGCUUGUCUUUGGACGCCCAGAUGCUGAAAAUUAAUAACACAGAUGAUCUGGAAUUCAUCCAGCAAGCCAGUGCCCAUUCCAGUUUCCCGUUCUGGAUAGGCUUGUCUCUGAGGCAGCCCAGCAGCUCGUGGGUCUGGGAGGAUGGCUCUCCUUUGAUGCCCCACUUGUUUCGGUUCCAAGGGUCCCUUUCCCAGAUGUAUCCCUCAGGCACUUGCGCAUAUAUACAUAGGGGAGCGGUUUUUGCUGACAACUGCAUUUUAACUGCGUUCACUAUAUGUCAGAAGAAGGCGAAUCUAGUGAGAGCACAGUGAAUUUGAAGGCUCUGGAAGAAAAGGAGAAAGAGAAUUCUCGUCUGGAAUUGAAGUUGUACUUUAUCAUUUAGGUGCAAACCCAGAGAACCCUGAGAACUGCCUCUUAUUAGCUGACUGCAGAACUCCUCAGCAGAGACUCGUCUGCAGAUGCCUGGCUGGAGAUAUCCAAAAUUUUGAUUUGAUGUCUCGUUCUCUGUUAUUUUUCACCUUGUCCCGUCUCCCUGUCAGCCUUCAAACCUUCUCCCCUUUUUUAUAUUUUAAAGUUUUACUCCUCUUCAAACCUUGGAGCCCCUGUACUCAAUCCUCUACCUCAGUGCCGUCUGCCCCUUAGCCUCCUAAACCACAUCGAAGACAGAAAAUGGAGAACUUGACCCACUGCGAGCAGAUGGCAAAAAUGGGGAAAUCUGCAGGGGAACAGAGCUGGUGAUGAAACAGAAAAGGGGAAAGUCCAUAAUGGAAUCAAAGAACUUGUGUUCUUCAUGUUAAAAGCUACCACUUCUUGGUCUUUUAAAUUGCGAUCUGUCUCCACACUCCACAACUUAAUGCACGUGCGCGCGCGCACACACACACCCCCCCCCCCAUAAUAUCACAUUCUGGGGCGAUUGGGAUGUCCCAGGAGGUAAUUACAAACAGAAUGAUCUAUUUUCAGUGUUUCUACUCCCUGGCCACCUCCCUUCCUAGGUUCUUCUACUUUAAGAGAAGCCUUUCCAUUUUGUUGCACAUAAUCUAAGAGAAAAUAAUCUCUUAGAUUAAUAAUGUUGCACAUAAUCUAAAAAGAAAAACUGUAUUAUUCCCAGAAAGACAAGCUACAUUUUCUUUGGGUAGCAGGUUUAUAGAGGUUUAAUCAGCAUAAAACAAACGGAACAUAUUUAAAUUACACAAUAGUUAAGUUUUCAUAAAUGUAAGCACGUUCCCUUGAAAUCAUUACCACAAUUAAGAAAGUGAACAUUCUCAUUUCCCCCUCAAAUUUAUCUUUCCCUUCCCUAACGCCUUCUCCUCAGAGAAUGACCAAUCUCCUUUCAGGUUGUAUUUUGUAGCAUUUUAUGUGAAUGGAGUUACACAGUAUGCCCCUUGGGUUUUUAGUUUGGGUCCAACUUCUUUCACCGAGUAUAAUCAUUUUGAGAUUCAUCUGUCUUGCUGCUUAUAUCAGUUUUUCACCCAUCUAAAAUAUUCAGUGUUAUUCCCUUGUAUGAGUAUACGCCCCAAUUUGUGGAUAAAUUACCUGUUGAUGACCUUUGCAUUGUUUUCAGUAUUUGUCUAUCACAAAAUAAGGUGCUAUGAACAUUUGUGCACAAGUCUUUCUAGGUACAUAGCAUUUCUCUUUUCUUGAGUAAAUGCUUAGCAGUUUAAUGUCAGGGACAUUCAGUAGGUGUAUGUUCAGCUAUUUGAGAAAUGGCCAAACUUUUUUCCAAAUUUGUACCAUUUGAUAUUCCCACCAGCAGUGUAUGAAUGUUCCAAUUCCAAGUCAUCCUUGCUAACACUUGGUAUGGUCCGUCCUUAAACUUCAACCAUUCUGAUAGGUAUAUGGUGGUAUAUUACUCUGGUUUAAUUUGCAUUUCCUAAAUGAAAAUUCAUCUUGAGAUCUUUUUAUUUACUAAUGGCGCCUAUUUACGCUCUACAUAUUUUCUUUGAUAAAGCACCGUACAACGCUUCCAA